AUGGAAGACGCGCGGCGCGCUCUGGAGACCGAGACUUCCCCGGGGGGUGGCUGGAAGUUGCUGGAGAUCGGAUACCCCGCUAUGCUGCGGCACUUGGACUACUUGGGACCGGGGCAAGACACCGCGGAGGGGCGGCAGGUGAUGCUGAGCCGAGUGAAGCUGCACCUGGCGAGCGCGGAGUAUGCUUUCGCGGGGGAGGGGCUGCAGCUGCCAGAGGGGCUGACAGUGCGGCGCGUGCUGUCGGAGUACCUGGCCGAGAUGGGGGCUAUGGCCGUCAAGGAGAUCCAGGCCAAGCUGGGGGCUUACAUCAGAAAGUCCGACAUCCAGUGGUGCCUGACGGUGCCCGCCAUAUGGGAGGAGCCCGCGAAGCAAGAGAUGAAACGCAUCGCGGAGGCGGCGGGGCUGAUCGGCCCUGGCGCUAGCCCGCACCCGCUGCUCAUCGUGCUCGAGCCCGAGGCGGCCGCCGUCUACUGCGACAGACACAUGGCGGCUGCGCGAGGGGGGAUCAAGCGCGGAGACGUGUUCUUGAUCGCAGUUCCCUCUUACGACAAACGCAGGGCGGCUGCGCCGGGGAGGAUCAAGCGAGGCGACGUCUUCCUCAUCGCAGACGUGGGCGGCGGCACGGUGGACCUGAUCGUGCAGGAGAAGAUGGACCGCUCGCUGCGCGAGGUGUCGCGCGGCAGCGGCGACCUGUGCGGGGGUACCUACGUGGACGGCGCAUUCCUGGAGUUUCUCGGCGACCGCAUCCCGUGCCUGGAGCGCUUCCUGGACGCCCACCCGCGCCAGAUGGUGCUGCUCAUGUCGUGGUGGGAGCAGCAGAAGCGCGGCUUCAACGGCGCGGGCAACCCGGUCGUCUUCGACCUGCCGGCCAGGCUGGCGGCCAUGUGGGAGAAAGAAGACUCCGAGGUGUUUGAAGACAGGGACCGGCUGAUCAUCAGUCCUGCGGAGCUGCGCUCCAUCUUCGACCCGACGCUGGAUAAGAUUUUGGCGCUCAUCGACGCGCAGCUGGCGGCGAGCCCCAAGUGUGACCAGCUCUUCCUGGUCGGGGGGUUCUCCCAGUCGCCGUACCUCAUCAAGCGCGUGACUGAGACAUUCGCGCACCGGGUAGCCAACAUAGUCACGCCGCCGGAGCCAGGCACGGCCAUCUGCCAGGGCGCGGUCCUCUUCGGGCUGGACCCGUCCAUCAUCACGGAGCGCACCUCGCGCAAGACGUACGGUAUAAAGUGCGCGCGCGAAUUCCGGCCGGGCGACCCCGAGGACAAAAAGUGGUUCCACGACGAGGACGGCUGCUUCCACGUCAGCAACUCGUUCAACAUUUUCGUGCGCAACGGCGACCAGGUGCUGGUCGAUUCGGAGAUCCGGCACUCCUUCCGGCCGUCCAAAUUGGACCAAACCCAGUGCCCCGUCUUUUUACUAACCACCGAUAAGCGCGACCCACGAUUCGCGGACGACGACGGAGUGGAAGAAGACUUUGGGUUCUCGCUCGACAUGGAAGACCUGCCACGUGGCCAGCGCUCAUUCGACGUGCGGAUGAAGUUCGGCGCGACGACGAUCGAGGUGGCGGCGUUCCGGAAGGGCGACGACGAGAACCCCGUGGAGGUUAAGGAGGUGGUCAAAGCGACGCCAACGCCAACGGAAGAGGUGGCAAUCAGCCGCCAAGUCACAGUCCCAAGCGCAGGCUCGUCAGCUAACUGGUUGAUCGAGACGCUGUCCGCGAGCAACACCCCCCGCCACACGUCGUACCCGAACCACCUCAACACCAGCAGCAGCCUGGUCCAGCUGGGCGACUACAUCGCGUAUAACAACGACAUAUACGAUAUCACCAACAUCACGGACCCGGGCCCCACCGGAAACCGGACGCUCGUCGCUUAUGGCGCUGGACACUGCACCGUGGUCCAGGCGCCGGUUCCCGCGAACGCGACCAAUUUUACGCUCUUCUGCCACGAGACGUUCGUCUUCUUCGCCGGGCCGUAUGCCAACAGCACCCUCGCAUUCCAGCUGAUCGACGGCUUCGCCGAGCUUCCCCAGCCCCCGGAUGCGAUCCUGGGCGGCAGCGGCUACUUCUCCGGCGCGACCGGCCAGAUCACAUACGUGACCAGCCCUUAUGCAAACGUGGCCGUCAACGGCGAGGUCUACUUCUCGGUCUCCCUCUGUUAA